GUUGUUCAUUAACAGCUGAUCACAGUGACAGUAAACCGAUCUCUUCCGGUCGGUUAGUUUAAUUUAUGAAAAAUAUGCUUUUCAUGGCUUUAUUGUGGCGAUCUUUAAAAAAUCGUCGUUGACGACUGUGAAAAUUCAGGCGAGUUUUUUAAAGUUUUAAAUUUUGAGGUUAGAAGUUGAUAACUGUGGGGAGAAGUAAAUUUUAUAAAUUGACUAUGUCAAAAGAUCAAAAACCUGACCAAAAUGAAUUGUUUGAAAAAAUGGCAGAUGAUUUUCGUGAAUUAAUAAGUAACAAAAAACUCCUGAGUGCUUCCACAGAACAUUUUCUUAAUAAUCUAAUUGAUGAUAUGACCCUAGGUAUAAUAUUCGAUGAACACCGCAAGUACAAAACAGAUGCAUAUGACUUGGAACCUGAUGAUAAUAUAGAAUAUGAAAAUUCUAUUGAUACGGAUAUUCUCUCUCAACAUAAAACAAAAACAAAAAAUCGUGUUGUAUGUAUUUGUCCCAGAUGUGAUAAACGAACAGCUGCAACAAAAUUUGCAUCCCAUCUUGAAACAUGCAUGGGUUUGGGUAGAAAAAAAACAACAUCAAGACGAGCUGCAAGUAAUAUCAAGGACAGAGGAGAUACAUCAUAUGGUGGAAUACACAGUGAUGAUAACGAUGAUGAUGACAUUGAUGAUGAAGAUGAUGUUGACUGGAAGGGCACUGAAAGGAAAAGUAAACAGAAGAAAAGAAACGGUAACAAGAAGAAUAAAGGUACUCCUAAGAAAAAUCAAGAACAUCAACAAAGAGAGCACUUCAAUACUGAUAUGGAUGAUAUUGAUGAAGCAUAUAAUAAUCUGAGGGAUUUAUUAAGCCUUCAUGAUCAUUCUAAUGGUAGUUCCCCACCAGGCGGAUCCUCAAGCUCGGGCUCUAAGAGAAGCAAAGCAAACAAAAAAAGUAAACAAAAAGACAGGAGUUCCCCCCGCUCAUAUUUUUAGAUGUGCAGACACGUUUGCUUGACACUAAGACCUUUAGUUUCAUCACAUGAUUAAAAGACUAUAUUACCUAUGAUUAUGAUUAUUAUGAUUAUGAAAGUCAGUUUUAUUGUUUUUUAUUAAAUAUAAAUUGUUGAAUGUCUUCAUCAUAACAGCAAAGUAGAAUUUUUUGCGAAAUUUAAAACUUUCGGUUUGCACUAUAUUAUGUGCCUAUAUUUAUAUGAUUUUACUAUGGACCCACUCUAAGAACUUUCGGUUCAGGAAGUGAAAUAAUUUAGUCAGUAUAUAACAUUUAUAUGAACAAUGUGUUACUUGUGCCUCUUCGAUUGCACAUCUGUUUUUUUUUUUACUCAUUUUACAUUUUUUAUAUUUCAGAUAUUUUUUGUCGGAUAUUAAAAAACUAUAUUGAAACUUUUCUAAUGAUUGAUGAAAUGAUUAGUAUCUUUUUAGGAUGAGGUUUUAACAAAAUCUUUUUUAUUAGCCAGUAAACCAGAUUGUAUAUUUAUGGAGCCAAUGUGUAACAAAAAGUAUUUUGGAGGUAUCUGGAAUUUGAGCAUACAUUCCUUUUCUAGUCUAAUUACCUAGUUAAAUGAGGGAUAGCUUAGUUUGCGAUAUUCACCAAUGCUUGCGCAAGGUUUGAAAUAUCCAUAUCGCUAUUAGAUAAUUUGGGUGGUUUAUAUGUUAAUACGACAAAAUUGAUAUAUUGAUGUUGAUGUUGAUAUACCUGUGUAGUAUUCUGUCAAAAUAUUCCCAGUGUCAUUAUAUUUUCACAAAAAAAGUAAUUAAUUGUGGAGACCUCUGCUUAAACCGAAAAUUGCGCAAAAUGUAGGUUAAUUUAGUUUUUUAUUUCAUUUAAUUUUUUACGUUUAUUUACUAUAUGGAAAUACCCAUGUAGCUAUUAGAUAAUAGAAAGGCCCUAUUAUGGUAAAAAUGCAUGCACCUGAGGUAACUAUGAUCUUUCCGUAGAGAAGGGAAUGGUCUUCCGAGUAUACCUCUACAUUUCAUCCAUUAUGCUACACUUUGCGCCAUUUUCUUCUGCGAUAUCUACACACUUAACACUUUUUUGCCUGAAUGCUUAAAAAAAAUGCCGCAUCCAAACUUAUUGACGAUCUAUCAGGGGCCAUGUUGGUUAUUGAAUGCCGCAAGGUUAAAAAUAAAAUUUUAAAUUUCGGACAUGCGUAUGUUGAAUGGACCUUCUCCAAAAUGUUUGUAUAGUUGCUUCAAAAGUUCAUGUUUUAUAAGCAUUGAAAGGCCUCAAUAUCUCUAGUAGCUAUAUGGGAAUACCAUCCAUAUUAUUGCAGUAUUUUAAAGUGAGUGUAUGAAUCAGUUCUGUGUAUAAAGUCGUUUAGUUUGAAAUGUGGUAAUAUUUGAAAUACAUGUAUGUCAGCGUUUUACUGUGUAAAGCGCCAACUGUAAAUUUGUGAAAUUGUUAGGUCGGUAUUAGCCAGCUCACUAUUAAUUCAUAAUUUUGUUCGGAAUGUUAUUGCGUAUCGGGGAAGGUUUCUCCAAAUACCACGUAUUGAUUUGAAUAUACAAUAACAAUAACAAAAGUAAACACAACAAAAAAUUGAGUUAAGCUGUGCAUACCCCCUAUUCAAAUUGUCAACAAUUAAGGAAUUGGAUAAACAUGUUUUAAAAUUGCGAAUACGUUUAUGAUUAAGAAUUACGAAUUAAAAAUACGGAGUUGCCUAAUUCCGGCCAUUAUUAUUAUUAUUAUUAUUAUUACCUAAAUUAAAUUUCUUUU